UAUUUGCUCUAAUUAUUAGCUAAUUGCAUCCAUGGUACUUAGCCAUCACUUAUUCAUUGUUUUCGAUCAUAUCCAGAAUGUUAGUAUAGGGCUAGAGUAGUUCAUCUGACAGUCAAAAAAUCACGACUAAGAUGAUCACAAUUUCUAUUUCGAAUCGUAGACUUUUGGAUGCGCUCUGUUUGGUAAUUGUUUUUGCUCAUCUCAAUCCUAACCAUGUAUUACAAAUAUAAGAGUAAACUCAAACAGAUCCUAACAAGAAAAUGGAUAGGUAAUCAACAAGAAAGCAUACGUGUCGAGAUAAGUAGUAUUCACCUCAAAAGGUUAAAACGAUCAACAUUUUUACAGCACCGACUUUCCACACAAAAUUCACCUGCCCGUUAAUUUGGGGAUACACACAUCCACCUGUCAGCCCCUACUAUGAGUUAGAACCAACUGGUUAUGUAUUAAUUUUUUUUAGAAUUUAAGUAUUUAUUUUUUCACAGAUUUAAGAAGAGCAUUGGAUCAAAAGAGAAACAACAGAUCUUGAUAAGGAAGAGUAGUUAGUGUGUAAAUGACAUUAGUGAGAGAGAGAAGGCAUCAGCAAGGACUAAGGCUCUCUCCACCGCCACCACCAGUGAGUGCAACAGCUGACUUCACCCACCGGAGCUUAUUUCCGGCACUGUCCCCAGCCUCCAGUCCUGACUCUCCAGCCAUUAUUGAAAGCCUCUCCGAUCUCGAGAAAGUUGAGGUUCUUGGCCACGGGGAUGGCGGCACUGUCUAUAAAGUACGUCACAAGAAAAGCUCAUGCAUUUACGCCUUGAAAGUUCUGCGGUUCGACAACAAUGCCGCCACCGGUAUCUUGCAACAGGUGGCGCGUGAGGCGGAGAUCCUGAAACUGGUUGACUCACCCUACGUUAUAAGAUGUCAUGGGGUUUUUGACAGUGGGGCGUUCAUGAGUCCGGAUCAUAGUAAUAAUGAGGGUGGAGGAGAUUUGUGUUUUGUAAUGGAGUACAUGGAAGGAGGCUCACUGCACGAUGUACUGCGAGCACGUCAGAGAUUACCCGAGCAGCUAAUCUCUCGCGUGGCAAAAUGUGUUCUCCAAGGACUGCGCUAUCUACAUGCCAUGCAGAUAGUGCAUAGGGACAUAAAGCCUUCAAACCUCCUCAUAAACGGUAGAGGGGAGAUAAAGAUUGCAGAUUUUGGGGUCAGUCACAUGGUUGCGGGUGCCGAUGAGGCAUGUGACUUGCACAUGGGUACGUACGCUUACAUGAGCCCGGAGAGAUUUGAUCCAGAGAGGUGGGGCGGCCGCAAUGCAGAUGGUUUUGCUGGAGAUGUGUGGUCACUUGGAUUGGUGGUGUUGCAAUGCUACGUUGGCAGGUUUCCGCUAAUUGGACCGGGGCAGAAACCUGACUGGCCGACGUUGAUGUGUGUGAUUUGCUUUGGAGAUCAGAGGCUAGAGAUGCCGGAAACGGCCUCGCCGGAGUUCCGGAGUUUCAUUUGGAGGUGUCUUGAGAAGGAUUGGAGGAAGAGAGCAAAAGUUGAUGAGCUUCUUGACCACCCUUUUGUGAAUAAAACUUGUUGCGCUUCUACCGAUCAAGAGCUCGUUAAUUUUGUUUUCCCUGUGGAUUGAGUUCCUUCUUAAUUUCGUUUUUUUUUUCCUUUUACACAGUUACACUCACGCGCGUUAGGUUUUUUCUUCUUUUCCAAACUUUUGAACCAUUUUGCCUGGCUUUUGGUCUUUGGUUGAAGAUACACAGUAUGCG